AUGGGGAAGGUGGCGGUUGCGUUUGCGGCGGCUGCGGUUGUGGCGGCUUGCUCGGUGGCGGCGGUGAUGGUGAGCAGGAGAGUGAAGAGGCGGAGGAAGUGGAGGAAUGUGGUGGAGAUUUUGAAGGAGUUUGAGGAAGGUUGUGAUACUCCUGUUGGGAGGUUGAGGCAAGUGGUGGAUGCUAUGGCUGUGGAGAUGCACGCUGGUUUGGCUUCUGAAGGUGGCUCUAAGCUUAAAAUGCUUCUCACUUAUGUUCAUGAUUUGCCUAAUGGGACGGAGAAAGGAACUUAUUACGCACUUCACCUUGGAGGCACUUAUUUUAGGAUAUUAAGGGUUCAUCUGGGUGGUGAAAGGUCAUAUCUAGAUGUUCAAGAUGUUGAACGACAUCCCAUACCUUCACAUUUGAUGAAUAGCACCAGCGAGGUAGUUCUUUUUAACUUUCUCGCCUUUUCAUUGGAAAGGUUUAUCCAAAAAGAAGGAAACGAAUCUAGUUCACAAGGUGUUAAAAGGGAACUUGCAUUUACAUUUUCUUUCCCUGUCAAGCACACGUCUAUAUCUUCCGGAGUUCUAAUCAAAUGGACCAAAGGUUUUGAGAUUAGUGAAAUGGUCGGGAAAGACAUAGCUGAAUGUCUACAAGGAGCUUUGAACAGAAGAGGCCUUGAUAUCCACGUUUCAGCUCUUGUGAAUGACACUGUUGGAGCCCUGUCACUUGGAUAUUAUCAUGAUCCAGACACGGUUGUGGCGGUCGUAUUUGGAACAGGUAGUAAUGCGUGUUAUUUGGAACGAACCGACGCCAUAAUCAAGUGUCAAGGUCUGCUUACAACUUCUGGAACAAUGGUGGUCAAUAUGGAGUGGGGAAAUUUUUGGUCCUCACAUUUGCCUAGAACUGCAUAUGACAUUGACUUGGAUGCAGAGAGUUCAAAUCCAAACGAUAUGGGAUUUGAGAAGAUGAUAGCAGGACUGUAUCUGGGUGACAUUGUUCGUAGAGUGAUCCUUCGCAUGUCACAAGAAUCUGAUAUCUUUGGACCUUACUCGUCUGUGUUUUCUGAGCCUUACGUGCUAAGAACAAAUGCUGUCUCAGCUAUGCAUGAAGAUGACACACCGGAGUUGCAAGAAGUAGCAAGAAUCUUGAAAGACUUAGGGGUAUCAGAUGUGCCAUUGAAAGUGAGGAAAGUCGUGGUGAAAAUAUGCGAUGUGGUGACGCGAAGAGCAGGGAGGCUAGCAGCAGCGGGAAUAGCAGGGAUCUUGAAGAAGAUAGGUCGAGAUGGUGGGGGAGGAAUCACGAGCGGGAGGAGCAGAAGCGAAGUGCAGAUGCAGAGAAGAACAGUUGUUGCAGUAGAAGGAGGUUUGUACAUGAACUACACCAUGUUUAGAGAAUAUAUGGAGGAAGCUCUGGUUGAGAUUUUAGGAGAAGAAGUGCGUCAGUACGUGGUCGUUAAAGCCAUGGAAGAUGGUUCUAGCAUUGGCUCUGCUCUUCUCGUUGCCUCUUUACACUCAUGA